CCAUUGAUUUUGGAAUUUUGUAUCAAAAUUAUUUACAUACAGACAUGUAUCGUGUUUUAGUUGCAACUGUUCUGUUAGCAGCGGUUUGGGCUGACAACGAAGGCGAUGUAAAGAAAUGUAUGAGAAUAUUUCAUCCAAGGUCAAUGCACUGUUGCAAAAGGGAACAUUCAUUAAAGCCACCAAUGCAUGAUCACAGUGCUGUGAAAGAAUGUAUGCAUUUGCAAGGAGGAAAACCAACUUGCGAACGCGAAAUCUGCAUGGCAUCAAAGCAAGGUGUGGCUUCAAACGAGGGUAAAAUAGACAAAGCAGCUGUACAGAAAAAGUUUGAAACUGAUUUCGAAAAUGAUCCUGAGUUGUUGAAACUAUUGAAAGACAAUUGUAUCGAUGGGGACUUCUCUAAAUACGGCAAGGAAGACGACUGUGACGUCUUGAAGCUAAAGAUGUGUAUGGAGAUACAAAUGACUGCAAGCUGCCCUGAAUGGGAUAACGAGGGACAUUGUGAAGGAAUUCAAGAGUUAGUCGAAGAGUGUAUCGAGAAAUUCGCCUGA